UUUAUUUUUUCUAAAAUCACUUUUAUUUUUUUUUAAGAAUGAUUUUCUUAAACGUAUGGUCGUAAGUGGUCAACAGUUUGCCGUUGUUUUUCUUUGUUUCGGACAUUUGGACUCGUAUAACUUGAUGCGUAUUCAAAUAGGAAAAACUAAAGUUAGCUGCAUGUUACUCAUUACAUUAUCUAAAUGUUGGUGUAUUAUACAUAUUUAUUAGUCUACAGUUUACUUCGCAAUGAUUAGAGAAAGAUUCAAGUCGGAGGAUGAAAAAGCGGAUUUUUUUCCCCCGUCAUGACUUGUUAUUUGUUAGAAUUUCUUAUCAAAAUGGCUACGCCCCCGAGAGAAGUUGACGAUGAAAUAGAUUUUGAUGACUAUGAAGAGCCUUAUACAGAUGAAGGAAUGUCUGAAGAAGAGGAAGAUUAUUUGGACUUCCUACUUGGUGAUGAUCCAUGGAUACCAACAGAUACUUAUAUAUCUUCACAAUCAUCAAUUGAAAGUGGAUCAAGUUCAUGUACCACCAAUAGCACAAGGAUCUACUGGAAAGAUGAAAACAGCAAUGAUGAUGGGGCUCCAGAUCCGAGAACAGUCCAGUUCAAACCAAGCAGGAAACCAGGCAUACAAUUUGGAAGAUUGUCUAGACACACAUUGAAGUUAUUGACCUCUCCUGUUGAUUUCUUUAAAUUGUUUUUAACUGGUACAUUGCUAACAUCUCUCUGCUUGUCUACAAAUCAACAUGCUGCAUACCAUAUCAGGAAUGGUAGAUUUCAGUCAUAUGCUGGACCUACUGGAACUUGGGAAGUUGUUACAGAGCAGGAAAUGGAAAAGUUCAUUGGUAUAUUGAUAUACAUGUCCUUUAUGAAACUCAGUACUGUUGACCGCUACUGGAGUAGAGAUGUCCUGUACAGAUUCAACCCUGUUCCAUUGUGUAUGUCAUGCUUAAGAUUUAAGGCCAUCCUUUCAUUUCUACAGAUCACACCUUUACCUGAUGUUGACAAAGAUAAUAAACUAACAAGAGUAGAACCAAUCAUUGAACAUGUAAGAAAUAUUUCAAGGGAACUUUUUCAACCUUAUGAAAAGAUUGCUGUUGACGAAAGAAUUGUUAAGUCAAAACAUAAAUGGAGUGGAAUAAGACAAUUCAUGAAAGAUAAACCUGUAAAAUUUGGGAUUAAGCUUUGGGUAUUAGCUGAUACCAUUACUGGCUAUACAUGUGAUUUUUAUGUUUAUUUAGGGAAAAAAAGAACUCAAAUAACUAAUUUAUCAAAAGGUCUGGCAUAUAGUGUAGUUAUGAAUUUAAUGCCAAGUUAUUGUAAUCAAGGUUAUAGGCUUUUUAUUGAUAGUUUUUAUACAACUUUAAAUUUAAUUAAUGAUUUGUUAGACCAGAAAGUGUACACCAUAGGAGCUGUUCGUGGAAACAGUACUGCCAAGCCUAGUGUGUUUAAGAAAAAUGAUGGCUGGGAAAAGCUUGCUGGCAGGGGUGACUUUAGAUGGCAUAGAGAAAACAGAUUUUUGACAGUUCAGUGGAAAGAUUGUAAGGUAGUAACAAUUGUUUCUCCUAUACACACAGGUAGUAAGGUAUCUGGUUGCACCAGAACUUUUCAAGCUAGAACUGGUUGGAAAAAACAGGUUGUAAAGCAACCAGAAUGUAUUAAAAGUUACAAUGAAGGUAUGUUUGGUGUGGACAAGUCAAACCAAUAUCUGUCAAGGCAUCGGUGUUAUAUUAAAACUAAAUUUCAUUGGUGGAAAGUAUUGUUCUUCCAUUGCCUUGAUAUGAUGGUAGUAAAUUCUUUCAUUCUCUUCCAGGAAUUCAGAACUGAAUUUCCAAAUAAAUUCGAAUCACUUCCUGCACAUUUUGGACAAUUAGAAUACAGAGAGUCGUUGGUUAGAUCAUUGUUAGAUGUUGAAUCAUUAGAAAAGAAGCAUGAAUCGUUUGCAUGCACCCCUGCUUUUAAUGAAAAUUCUAAUCGACUGCGUUGUACUUAUUGUUAUGCUCAUGCAAAGAUGAAUAAUUUGCCUGUUCAACAUAAUAAAACUGUAUUCUGUUGUGAAAAAUGCACUGUGUGUCUAUGUUUAGUACCUGAAAGAAACUGCUUUCAAAAAUGGCAUAGUGUUGAAGGAAAAACAGUUAGAAAUUGGGUUAAAGAAAAUGGUAGAAAGAGAAACCAACUGUUAUGAAUGUCACAAUCGUCAUGCAUUAACUGUCAAGUGUUAAAUAAACAAUAUUUUUAUGUAUUAUGUAUUAAUAAUUUAUAGUUCUUGUUGAGUUCAUGAUUAAAAAGUAAGAAAAUGAAAAAAAAGUAAAGGAUAGAAAAAUGAAAAAGUAUUAUGUUAAAUAUUACUUAUUUGUUUUAGUGGGAAAAAAAUGGAAAUGG